AUGGAGCAGCUUCAGCACACCAUGCCACUUGUCAAUUCCUCCUUCUACCAGCCUUCCACCUUCCUCCUGACGGGCUUUCCGGGGCUGGAAGCCAAUCACCACUGGAUCUCCAUCCCUUUCUGCAUGUUCUAUCUUGUCGGCCUUUCAGGGAACUGCCUAAUCCUGAUCAUCAUCAAGAAGACCCAAAGUCUUCAUAAGCCUACGUACUACUUCCUUUCCAUGCUGGCCGUGAUGGACCUGGGCUUGGCUUUGUGUACCCUUCCUACCACGCUGGGCAUCUUUUGGUUUAAGAUCAGAAAAAUUGAGUUCAAUGCCUGUCUCACCCAGAUGUAUUUUAUCCAUAUACUGUCAGUGAUGGAAUCCUCGGUGCUCCUAGCCAUGGCCUUCGAUCGUUUCAUCGCUAUCUCCAACCCUCUGAGAUAUUCGUCCAUCUUGACCAAGCCAACCAUCAUAAAAAUAGGGCUGGCAAUUGUUUCAAGAGCUGUGAUCUCCCUCUUCCCAAUACCCUUUCUGCUCAAGAGGCUAACCUACUGUGGGAACGAUGUGCUUUCCCACUCGUUUUGCUUUCACCCUGAUAUCAUGAAGCUGGCCUGCGCGGAUAUAAAAGUCAACAUCCUGUAUGGUUUAAUUGUCAUUCUUUCAACGGUGGGUGUGGAUUUUGUGUUCAUUGUGCUAUCAUAUGUUCUGAUCAUUAAGACUGUGGUCAGCCUCACGACCAAGGAAAAAUGUCUCAAGGCUUUGAACACAUGUGUCUCCCAUAUCUGUGCCGUCCUAAUCUUCUUCAUCCCAAUGAUUGGACUGUCCAUUCUCCAUCGCUGUGGUGACAAUGUUCCCCCAAUGGUUUACAUUGUGGUGGGCUAUAUCUACCUUAUUGUGCCCCCUGUCUUAAAUCCUAUCAUAUACAGCGUCAAAUCCAAACUGAUCCGCAGAGCCAUGCUCAGAACACUGUGGUGGAAAAAUGAGUCAAUGUGA